AUGGUUGGUGUCCCAGGACGAUCGCGAGGUUGCAUUACCUGCCGUAAAAGGAAGAAAGGAUGCGAUAGGCGCACUCCUGCGUGCGAUCGAUGUGUUCGCGCGCAGCUAUCCUGUGAAGGCUACGAGACGGAUAUGAUCUGGCUCAACUCUACUGCAAGCACAGCCUAUGCAAAGAAGAGACAAAGCGGUUCUCAUGUUAUUCUGCCAGAUUCUUUCGCGAGAUCGGCGAGAGAGCAGUUGUACUUUGGACUCUUCUGGAGUAUUAUGAUACCUGACGGACCUCACUUUUCGCCCGAGUCUUCAGACUUAUCUUCAGUUGGCUGGACAAGAUUCAUCGGGGACCUUUAUAACACCGAGACUGCUCUUCGCUAUGCAACAGUCGCCACGGCGACUUCCAUUCUUGGAAGGAUCAAUAACGAUGAACAACUACGACUGAAGGGUUUACAAGUGUACAAUUGGACGGUUCAGGAGAUGAUCAAGGCCGUUAAGCAGCCGAGCCGAGCAAGGAGUGAUAGCUUGGUUGUGGCGGCUCGAGUCAUGGCGCUCUAUGAGCUUUUCUUUGGUCCCGACGGUGAUCCGGGGGUGGCCGGAUGGCAAAGACAUAGCGAGGGACAGCUCGCCAUGUUUCUUGCCCGAGGGCCAGAGUCAUUUAUAUCAGGAGCGUCUCAUCAGUUGUUCGUUGAUAGUCGCAUAAACAUAAUUCGGUUAGCUAUCAGACAGAGAUGUUCAUCUCCAUUCAGCUCCGAUGACUGGAAAACAAUCCCCUGGACCAUUACCGAGAAAUCUACCAAAGACAAACUAAUUGAUAUUAUGAGCAGAAUUCCAGAUAUACUAGCUCAGGUAGAUUUACUAUCUGAGGUUGGUACUCAAAACUCUGCGGAUGAAAUUCGAGAAAAGAUCCUGCAGCAGUGUGGAGAGGUAGAGGUAGCCUUGGCAGGUUGGAGAGUUCAUGUUGAUCUAUCCAUCUAUGACUAUGCAAUCACAGGUCUGCCCCUAUAUAUACCGCAAGUCGACAGCGAGUUUUCAUUACUUCACCUGAGCUGUGUCUACUGGAGCAUCUGUCUAAUGCUGUCAUGCAUCAUAGAGUCCAUAUCUGAAGACUUGAUGGUAGAAGAUGUAUCAGAAGACAUGACAGACUCACCAUAUCUGAAGCGGCAACAUCAAACAUGUAUAGGCAGCCCGGAACAAUACGCUUCAAAAAUUGUCAAUUGCGUCCAUCUCUUUUUUGAGCCAAUGGCUGGUGCCGUUCAGGGCGGCUCAGGGCUCUUUCCUAUGGUGUGCGCCUGGCGGUUCUAUGAGCUGGCUGCUGAAUCAUCAGGUAAAAGAAGUGCUGAAUUGCAGACUCUGUAUGACCUAUUUGGAAGGUCGUUUAUGGGCAAUCAGGUAGGGCGGUAUCUAGCUCAUCUACGAAAAAGCAUGUGGAGGCAUGAUUUAGAAGCCCGUUGUACUAGAAGAGCUGGAUUAUCUAGAUUGAAAUACUGGAUGGCCUGGGUUUAA